AUUAUUUAAUGUCUGUUUUAGAUGUUGUACAGUACCAACAGAGCCAUCCCACCCUUCAAAUCAAACCCAGUAAUUAUGGAGAGUGAGUACAAGAGAAAUUUCAAAGGAUCACCUCCUCCCAGACCACCACGCCUGAGGCGAGAUGUUGAACAACACGAGGUCCCGCAGCUUGAUGUAGAUAACACAACCCCAGAGAAGAGUACGGGGAACAAGAAGAAGAAGAAAAAGAAGGAGCAACAACAGAGCAGAAAGUCAAGCCCCGAAGAGGAAGUCACCCAUCGACGACAGCAACAGGAAGUGUGGUCACCCUGCGCUCUGAGAGACCAUUCGCCCAAUGUUAUGAGGAAAGGGAAAACUGAGUACAGAUCCAACUUUCGUUCUCCCCUCCAAUAUAGUUACAGAGAUGGAGCAUGGGUGAAGAUUAAAACUGCAAAUGAGGAGGAGUGUGAAGGUUUUCACGAGUGGUAUCAUGAGGUAACUGUUCCGCCUGUUGCAUCCAUCCUCUCACUGCCGCUGCUGUCUCAAGAGAGACCCUCAUUUGCUUAUGUUUGUCUGGUAAUCCUGUAUUGA